AUGGGUAACCCAAGACUCAAGACCGCCUUCGACGGAAUGGACGCGCCAAGACUCCGAGAACUCCUCAACAAGCUGUGUGAGAGUGGAAAGUUUACUGUUGAUGAUCCGAUGGGUAAAAUCGAGGUUGAUGGCCGCAACAUCGUUGUCUCGAAUGGAUUUAUCGACCUUACUCAAAGCGACGAUAGCGAUGGUAAAGACGAGCAAUACAACAAUGGCAGAGUUGGAAGUUACAAUGACGAAGACGACAACAACGAGGAAGAGCUUGCCAAGACAGAAGCAGACGAUGGAGAAGUUGCAAUCGUUGACGACGCAAGCUGGCGACAAGCUGUGAAAACAAACCAACAAGUGGGCAGAAUGGGAGAGCUAAAGAUAGAUCAAGCAGUUAGAAUAGUCAAAUCGGUGGAUCAACAGACAAACAAAGGCGACGACGAAGCAUCUAAGGACAAUGAGGGAUAUGAUGAGGAGGAAUUGGAGGCUGACUCAUGGGACAACUCUGAUGAUGACAACCAUGUGCCAGCUUUGCGAAAGAGUGAGAUCGAAGAAUUGCUGUCGCCAAAAAAGGAUUACUUAGAGGAGAUGUACGCUAAGAGGGAAAAAAGAUUGCGAGAUUGGUCGCUUCAAAGAAAAGAAAUCUGA